GUGGAAAGGUAUCAGUGCUCAUUCUGUCACAACCGUUUCCUGUCUCGAAGCAUCACCAUCAGACACAUCAGCUUUCAUCAUAAACUCAAGAUUAAGUUUUGUCAAAGUAUGGACCCCACUUGGACAAUCGACAAGGCGGUUUGGUCUGAUGACAGUUUUGAACUAAAUGUCAACAAACCCCAGUUUCUGAAAGUGAACAAAAAGAAGGUCAACAAAGACAAGGGAAGCAAUAACUCAGCUGUUGCUGUGGCAACUAACUCUGAGGCGAACCACCAUGUCGAUUCUGCUCAUGCAGAAGGAGUUUCUGAUAAAUAUGUGAUUACAGUUUCCCUGCAGCCUCCAGAAAGGGACACCGCAGUGCAUACCAAGACAGCUGAAACUGUUCAUGAUGAUAGCCCAUCUGAGAGAAAUGAACAACUAAGUAUUCAUACAGUAAGUUCAGUCAACAGGAACGAUACUAAAGACAAUAUUACAUCAGUGGGUCAUGAUAUUCCUUCUGCUUCUUCUUUUUCCAACAUCACUGCUGAUGAGGGCACACCACUUUCUGAUGUGGCCUCUGAAGGAGAUAAUGCCAGCACAACAACCAAAACAGCAGGGGUCAAGGAGGUUUUAGAGACAAGUGGGAAUUCUUUGCUGUUUUGUAGUAUUUGUGCAAUGCAGUUCAGAGGGGUUUCAAGUCUCAGGUAUCACUUGAGAAAAGUGCACAAGAUAACUGUGCAUCAGUCUGAUUUAUCUUCUUGGUAUAGCAGCAGCACACAGAAUAAUAAACAUCAAACAAAGGCAGACACUCAAGUUCAGACAGUCAAUCAGAACAGUGAAAACAACAAAGAGAAAGUGAGCAUUGAGAAAACUGGGGAAAAUGGAACUGUGAGAGUAGCAGGGUGUAAUGAUUCUAAGAAACACGUCAAUGAGUCUCCAGAACUGAGCGUGUCACAUGUGUGCCCUGUAUGUAGCGAGAAGUUUAGUUCUAAAAUCUGCCUCAGUGAACAUUUAAAGUCCCACAGUGAGGAGGAUGUGGAGAGUGUGGGUUUGCAUCGUUGUGAUAUCUGUACUAGUGUCAUGAAGAAUACUCAGCAGGUGACCAAACACAUUAUCAAAGUACAUGGAGUCAAGCAGAUAUUCGUCUGCUCCAUCUGCAAUCGGGAGUUCUACCAGCAGAGCUCUGUUUACAGGCACAUGAAGUUUCUCCACAAAUGGGAGAUCAAGAUUAGAGGAGAAGCCUGCAUUCCAGUCUUUGUGAAACCAGCACCCUUGUCUAUGCAUUCCCCUAUCAAAAAUACAGUUGGUUUGAGAGUUAGAAGAGACUCAUCAGAGGAUAUAAAAAGUCCAGCUGCAAAACAGAAUAUUGGUGCAGAUGAUGUGACCUACAUUAGCUUGGGAACUGGAGGUGUGGAAAAAUUACAGGUCUAUAAAAUAGAUGGUCAAGAAGUUGUCUGUGAGGUUGUUGAUUGUGAUGGCACUAUGACUACACUGACAAUUCACGAAGGUGGUUCUGAUACAGUUGAAGCAGAAGCUAGGCUUUUGGAGGCCAUACAGAAAGCACUGAGUAGUUCCUCAGAAACAGAGACUCUUAUUUCACGCAAUGAUGAACAACUUUCUUCCACACAAGAGUCAAGAUUAGUGUCUGGUAAAGCUAAAGCAGUAUUAGAUACCACCACUGUGACAACAGAGGAUGGAGAAGACAGUUUCCACACAGAAGCAACCACAUCUGACAGUUCUACUAAUUUGUUUGUCAUUGAGGGUGAUGAUCAAACCACACAGUUUUCUGCCACCAAGGAAUUCAUCUCACAUCUGUUUGCAGCGCUAAAACAUACUGCACAGGAAAAGAAAGCAAAUUCACCUGAAACAUCUCAGGUGAUUCGAGUUAAGAAUGUAAAGCAGUCACACAGAAUAAGUGAACCUGAUGCUGUUAGUGUUGGUGGAGUUUUUAACGAGACCACAGAAUCUAAAAAUACACUAGAAACCAGUGAGGCGGUUCCACAGAAGAAGUCUGUCAGAUUAUCAGAUCCUGCACAUGUCAAACCUCCAAUCAUCAUGUCAGUUCGAGACAUUGGUGCUACCUUCGCAAACUGUGGAGCAAGACCUGGGCAUCGGAAUACAUCUGAGUCUGAUGGGUCUAAAACAAGCUCUUCAGAAAAUACGAAUGUGAACCUGCUUUCUGCUUCAGAGGCUACAGAGGAUGUGAGUAAAGGUAUUGCUAAGAAACUGCAGCCUUUAGCAGGAAUUAAGACAGAACCUGACAAAAAUAAAGUCAGAAACUCACAUGAGCUUGAAGAAUCAGGAAAAAAUGUGCAAAAUUUAAAAUUUGCAACCGGUUUUCCUGGGAGAAUAAAAGAAGAGGUCGAUGUUAAAUUACAACAAAACUCAGAUUCAGAGUUGUUGAAAAAUAAAAAUAGUAAGAAGUCUGUAAGCGGCAGUGCAGGUAGCGAGUCUUCCAAAACCAGAAAAAUAGUUCCUGUAGCAAGAACUCAGUCUAAACAUGGUGUAAAAGAGAGAGUAGAUGUAGGCUUGAAAAAAUCUGAUAAAACAAUCAAACAGAAACUCAGAAAAAUAUCUCCUACUAAACAGAAAGUAACAAAAACAUCAGACAUUUCUCAUAAAAGUGCAUUGUCAGAGUUUAUUCAGGCUGGAGAUAACCUUACAUCAAGUGUUUCUGCAAAAGUGAAGGGGUCAAGGUCUUCAGUUCAAAAACCUGCCUUUAACAGCAAGCUUACUACACAGUCAGCUCCUUCUGGCAAAAAGAUGAUCACCCAGUCAAACCCUUCAUGCAAAAGGACAUCCACACAGUUUAGGCCUUCAGACAAUAGGGCGUCCUCAUAUGUUGACAUGCCACAUCCUACAGUAGACAAGAACGUGAAACCUGUGGCUGAAAUAAAAUCUUUAGAAAAGUCUGCCACGACAGAGCCAGCAUUGGUGCAUCGCAGCAGCAGCGGCAGAAUUAUAAAAAGAAAACGGUUUGAUGAUGAGAUAUGA